GGAAGAAGAUGGCGGCGCUCAUCAGGCAUGGUUUACUCGCGAAUCACUUGAAAUGUGCAUCUCCUGUUCUCGCUGUGAGCACGACGAGCUCGCGAUACGAUAUUAUCCGUUUCAAGAGUAAGAAACCCGUUAAAGUGGCGGCACGUCGCUUCAACGAUGCGGAGAAAUCACUCGCCAAUAAAGGAUUCUUGAGGUACAAUAAAGACUAUAGGCCUCCGGAGGACGUGUAUACCAGAAUAAAUAAAAUUUGCGAGAAUCAGGCAAUUUCUACGAACGACAAGACAAAACUGGAGGAUCCUAUUCAGCGAUUUAAUCUUUUUUUGGCUUGCGAGAAAGAGCUUCAACAUUCUGUGCCGAAUUCUAUGUUAUGCAGUAUCGAAACGAUCGGCCACUUAAAAGAAUUCUAUGCAACGCCAGUGAACAUCCAAACUCCUCUGGAUAGUAUGCGCAACGUGGAUUUACCAAAAAAUUUGCAUAUCAAUUACGAAUAUCAUCGGUUCCAUCCUGAUACGGACACUAUGUUUGGCGGCAAAACUGCGUUUCCCAAAAGUUCAACCAUAGUAACCGGUUUGAAAUAUAAAAAGAAAUAUCCUGGUCAUCAGCAGAAAAACCCCUUCCUAGACACAUUGCUUAAAAUCUAAGAAUUAACACGUGCGCCGAGAACCGUUGAUUAUAUUAUAUAGAAGAUAAAUAAAUAUCCUUCUUUCUAACUA